GGCGCCCAUACUGAUCCGCGAAAGAAGCAUUUCACUGAUGCUGCUGGGCGGAAAAAACGAACAGUGCCCUGAUAAGAUAACCUUCUCCGACCUUUCUUCUUCUUCUUCUUCUCCACCAACCGCCUCCACACUACCCUCCGCCAAGUCUUCCUUUUUCUUUUUCCAGAAUCUCCUUUCGGUAUAGGCAGAUGGGUACCCCUUUGCCUCGUGAAUGGCUCGGCCUUCAACAAUUCCCCGCUGCUACACAAUCAAAAUUGUUCAAGUUGUUGGGAGAAUUGAAACAAGAGAAUGUCAACGCUUUGACCAUCCUUGUUAUGGGUAAAGGCGGUGUAGGAAAGUCUUCCACUAUCAAUUCUCUUAUAGGAGAGCAGGUUGUUCGAGUCACUGCUUUCCAGGCAGAGGGGUUGAGACCCGUGAUGGUUUCACGCUCCUGGGCAGGGUUUACAUUGAAUGUGAUUGAUACACCUGGACUCGUGGAGGCUGGAUAUGUCAAUCAUCAAGCUCUUGAGUUGAUCAAAGGGUUUCUUUUGAAUAAGACCAUAGAUGUUUUGCUUUAUGUUGACCGACUGGAUGCAUAUAGAGUGAACGACUUGGAUAAGCAGAUCAUUAGGGCUAUCACCAACAGUUUUGGCAAAGAAAUUUGGCGCAAAAGUUUGCUUGUGCUCACUCAUGCACAGCUUUGUCCACCAGAUGGAUUGAAUUAUGAAUUUUUCUCCUCUAAAAGAUCAGAAGGUGUGCUAAAGGCAAUUCGUAUUGGAGCUCGGAUUAGGAAAAAGGAUCUUGAGGAUUCUGCCAUUCCCGUUGUUCUGGUUGAAAACACUGGGAGAUGCAAUAAAAAUGACAGAGACGAAAAGAUUCUUCCUAACGGUGAAGCUUGGAUUCCAAAUUUAGUAAAAGCCAUCACAGGUGUUGCAACAAACAAGAGUCUAGCAAUUGUAGUUAGCAAGAAGUUGGUUGAUGGGUCUGACGCAAAUGAUAAAGGAAAAUUGUGGAUUCCUGUUUUUCUUGGGGUUCAGUGGUUUAUUAUCAAAUGGAUUCAAGGAGCAAUAAAAAGGGAUAUUGCAUCCGGCAAUGGACCUUUAUGAAUGGGAUAUCUGGGCAACGCCAAGUUUCUAUCGAGUUAUAAUGAAACUCAAUUAGUGAAGAUUAGUUUGUACGGUAAGAAAACUCAAUUAGUUAUA